AUGCUCGGCGGCGGCCGGCCCGCGUACGCACUUCUCGAAAACGCGCGGGCCUUCCGCGUCGCCGGCGACGUCGCCGCCGCCUUCGCCGAGCGCGUGGCCGCGCGCGCGCGCGCGCUCGGCGCGCCCGUCGAGCUGCGGCGCGCGGCGCUCGGCGACCGGGCCGAGGCCGCGGCCGUCAACGCGUCCGCGGAGACGAAGACGAAGACCUACGCGUGCGUCGUCUGGUGCGCGCGCGACCUCACGGCGCGCGACGUCGCGACCUGCGACCGCCGCGACUUCGACGUCGCCCAGAAGACGCCCGUGCGCGUCAUGCACUCGCGGUCUCUCGCGGUCCGCGAGAAGCGCGUCCACGAGCUCUCGCUCCGCCGCCUCAACGGCCGCUUCGCCGUCCUCACGAUCGUCACGUCCGCGGGCAUGUACAUCAAGGAGUUCGUCCACGGCGACCUCGGGCGGACGGAGCCGAGCCUCGCGUCCAUGCUCGGCGCGCGCGCGGACAUCCUCCAGCUCGACGUGCUCGACGUCGAGGACGCGGGGCUGGAUCCAUAG